CAGAGAGCAAGGGUGAGAGGGGCCAGACGAUGCGCGAGAUCAUGAUGGAGGUGGCUGACCAGGAGGAGCAGCGACUGGCCGCAGCCGACGAGCAAAGGACGGCAGAGAGGACGAGCCGGCGGCGUCAUCUGCGGGUGGGGCUGGUGGGGGUUGGAGGGUAUCGAUGCACUCUCAGCCUCAAGGUGGGUCGGUGUGAGAGCAACCAAUCAGCCAGCGAACAGACAGACAGACAGACAGACAGGCGCACCCAACCAAGACACACGUCUUCUUCGUUUGUUUAUGUGUCCAUCCACAACACAGGCUCGUGUGAUGAACGUGUGGGCCGGGCAGCCCACCCGCUUCCAGGUGGGCGGCCUCAACCGGCUCUCCUUCUUCGAGUGGGUCCCGCAGCUGGGCGUCCUCGUCACCGCCUCCAAGCGCGGCCCUCCCGUCCUCGUCUACUCAAUCAUCCGCUGCAAGCACACCCAACGGCUCUACUUCAAGGCCAACUGCCGCGUCAUGGACUACCACAGACACGUCGACCCCGCCACCAUCUCCGGUAAUGGCGGCAAUGGGGGCGACACUACUGGGAGCGAGAUGGCGAUCCGUUUCGGCCAGCGCACCCUGCUGCUGCGGCGGGAGAGGCCAACGCGAGAGCAGGAUGGUGAGGGGGCAGAAGGGUCCCCCCAUCGCGGCAGAGGGGCGGCGCUCUUAGGCCGUCUGCUAGGUCUGACAGCGAACUGACAGCUGCCGUGCAGGAGACCGCCACCGGACAGGCAAUGCAGCCACGCGACGCCGCCCAUGACGAAGCGGCACCCUAUGUCAGUUGUGUGUGUCAGUUGUCAUCAUCGGCAAGCAAGCCGCGGACCUCCGCGGACCUUGACCCGCGGCGGCGACACGAAUUCCCACGGCGUGCAGAACACUCUGCGCUACACCCCUCUCCCCCAAGUCAAGCUGACUCCCCGAGGGAUCGUGGGCCUCUGGAUAGCUCCAGCUUUGAUGGCGGACGGACGGAUGUAUUGUAGCAAGGGAAGAGGAGGAUGAAGAACAGAUUUUUACGUGCGUGAGCGAGGAAAGGGGGGGUGGGGGUGGGGUGCCUGUGUGUCGCAAAUGGUGCCCGGCAUGGCCCAUGUAUA